UUUCCCCCCACUGUCAAAGUUUAGACUUGUAAGCUUCUUGGAUGCUGGGAUCUUUGUUGCUGUUUCCAUUGUUCUUAAGUUGCCACAUACCUAGGACAGUGCUACAUACGAAAGCUCAAGUUAACUCUGAAACUGAAGAACUUCAGAAGGGUCAACUCCAAAUGUUCAAAACAAAAAAGCUUCCUUCAAAACUCAGCAGGUUGGCUUAACACUUGGAGUGCUUACAACCUGGUCUCCAAGCAGAAGGGAAGAUGGCACCAACCUUGCAGCGGGCCUACCGCCGACGCUGGUGGAUGGCCUGCACCGCAGUGGUGGAAAAUCUCUUCUUCUCAGCUGUCCUGCUGGGCUGGGGCUCACUGCUCAUCAUGCUCAAACACGAGGGGUUCUACUCAUACGUGUGCAUAGGUGAGAACGGGACCAGUGACCUCAUCACGGCUGACUUUCACCCCAGCUGUGUGGAACAGGAGGAAAUGCUCAACCUGGGCUUCACCAUCGGCUCCUUUUUGCUGAGUGCCGCCACCUUGCCUCUCGGGAUACUGAUGGACCGAUUUGGCCCUCGGCCACUCCGCCUGCUCGGCAGUGCCAGUUUUGCGGUCUCCUGCGCUCUCAUGGCUUUGGCUGCUUACAGCCCACCAGUUCUUUCCCCACUGAUUUUUCUUGGCCUUUCCCUGAACGGCUUUGGUGGGAUCUGCCUGACCUUCACCUCCCUAACUCUGCCCAACAUGUUUGGGAAUCUGCGCUCGACCUUCAUGGCGCUCAUGAUUGGGUCAUAUGCUUCAUCUGCUGUUACCUUUCCUGGUGUCAAGCUUAUCUAUGACGUUGGUGUUUCCUUUAUCAAUAUCAUGCUUGUCUGGUCAAGUCUGGCUUGCCUCCUCUUCCUCAAUUGUUUGAUCAACUGGCCAAAGGAGUCCUUCCCAGCUCCUGAAGAAGCCAACUACACGAAGAAGAUCAAACUGAGCAGUCUGGCCCUCGAUCACAGAGUCACGGGUGACCGUUUCUACAUGCACGUGAAGGUUGUGGGGAAGCGGCUGAGCCAAAAAGCUCCACAUCUGGAUGGGAGCAAGGAGGAACACCAACCGUCCAUUCGGGAUCUCCGCAGUGAGGCCACUGAGUCUUCCCAGGGUGCAGGGCCUGUCCCCUUCCGCCGUAGCGUCUGCUCGCCUAUCUUUCUGUGGAGUCUGAUUACGAUGGGCAUGACCCAACUGCGCAUCAUUUUCUACAUGGCAGCCAUGAACAAGAUGCUGGAGUUCCAGGCGACAGGUGGCAGAGACCAUGUAUCAGCUGAGCUGAGGAAUGAAGCUGAGCAAACAGUCAGCUUCUAUUCGUCCAUCUUUGGCGUCAUGCAGCUACUGUGCCUUCUCACCUGCCCUUUCAUUGGUUACGUGAUGGACUGGCGCAUGAAGGACUGCACAGAUGGGCCAAGAAACAUGGACACUGCCGGAAGAACGAGACAUAGGGUGGAAGGAAAACCACCCAAAGUUCGCUGCCGUAAGGUCCAGAAGCUCACCAAUGCUAUCCGGGCCUUUGUCAUUACCAACCUGCUGCUAGUGGGGUUUGGUAUCACUUGCCUGGUCAACAGCCUCCCCCUACAGUAUGUGACCUUUGUCUUUCACACCGUGGUGCGUGGCUUUUUCCAUUCCGCCUGUGGAGGACUUUAUGCGGCUGUGUAUCCGUCCAAUCACUUUGGGACACUGACCGGUUUACAGUCGAUGAUCAGUGCUGUAUUUGCUCUCCUCCAGCAGCCACUCUUUAUGGCAAUGGUGGGGCCACUACACGGAGAUCCCUUUUGGGUGAAACUGGCCCUUCUCAUCUUCUCUGUUGCGGGCUUCCUGCUCCCCUGCUACCUCUAUUACUUCCGCCACAAGAUUCUCCAGGCUAAAGCUACAAAAGAAGGACCUCUAGAUGAGACAAAUGGUGCACCAGUGAAACUCCAGGAUGGUGUUGCUGCCAAUGGCUUGUUGAGCAGCAAUCCUACCACUGCAUAAGCCGGGGACAGGAAAGGUGGAGAACUCGUGGGUGACAGACAGCGGAAUCCAAGUGCCUAGCAGAUGGCGUGAGAUGCUAUUAGUGAGGGGACGGGAAAUAUACUGUGAGAAUUUUGUAUCUGGAACUAUGAAAAUAACCAAGGUGCUUUUAAUUCUCAACAAAUGCAUAUCUAUAUUUAUAUGUAUCUAUGGUUUAUAUAUAAAGAGAAAGAGAGCUUUAUUUUUUGCAGAAUAUUUUAAACAGCCUUAUGACUUCUAAAUAGGUGAUUAGGACAUCAGUCAGUCAGUCAGUCCAGAGACCUAGAAUAUGUCUAGUUUGUGAAGAGGUUCCAGAUUGUGUCUGCAUCUGGCUCACCAUACUUAAACAACCAUACUGUCCAGUCAUAGCCUCAGUGUCCCCAAUGUUGUUGGGCUGAGGUGAGCAAGUUGCCCUUAUCCUCUCCCUCCUCUCCGCAUGACAAUCAUUGCAGCUGAAGCCCCAGGGGAGGAGCUGAAUGUUUUCUGCCAGCCGACCCUCCUGAGAGUCAGGGAUGUUUCCUCUGCUUCCUUCUAUUCUGGCAGCUGACUGAAAAACUGGACGUGAUAUGAGGACAUUGUUUAACUGGUAACUCUGAAAGUCCAGCCUUCCCUUCUCCUUUUUCCAAGCUUCUUUUUAUAAAACUGUCUCCACAAAAUAGCCUCGCAAGGAUGAAGCCCUGACAGCUUCUUAGAUGUGAAGCAUUUUUUUCAUGGGCUUGAACUCCUGUCUAAGUGGAAAUUAUGAACUAAAAAACAGGACUAAAAAACCCCAGACUGCUAGGUUUUAAGGCAAUCCAAGUAAUACUGAUUUAACAGGAUUUGCGUAGGGGGGACAGACCAUCCAUUUUGAAUUAUCUUCCUUGGAUUGGGUCCUUGCAUAAAGGCAAUGUUGUUACCUGCUAGAACUGAAUCAGCUAUCAUACUAUGUGGUCUGACCGCAGAGAAAUAACUUUUAUAUAUUUAUAUGCUGCCUUUCUACCGGAAACUGUUCCUAAGGCACUUUACAGUAAAACCCUACACUACAUGAACAAUAACAUUAAAGCAUUCUCUGUACACCUUCAAAGUUUUAGCCAGUACCUUAAAUAACAAUAAAUUAAGCCUUGUGGGCAUUUCUUUGGAGGGAAUUAAAGGGUACCAUAUCCACCACUGAAAAAACUCUGUUCCUGGCAAGGAUAAUCCUGCUGCCAAUACUAUUGGCAUCUGGACUAGUAACUCUUUUAGCAGGACUUAAUUCACAGGUGAGGCAGGAAUAUAGCAGUCCCCCACCCCCUCCAGAUUCGGAUCCACUCACUAUAAGGAAUUCUGUCUUGUCUAUAGGGAUGCGGUGGCUCGGAGGUUAAGAUGCUGAACUGCAGACUGGAA